AAAUUAUAAUUAUAGCAUGAAUUACAGCCUUAAUUGUAUACUAAUGAAUCCGAAACAUCGAUGCAAUAGAUAAUAAAAAUACAUUUGCAUAUAUGUACUGUCGGUUAUUUCUAAUAACAAUAUCAGUGUAUUGUCAAGAAUUCUUAUUACACGUUUAGAAUGAAGUAUGUCUGAAGUGAAGUAUGUCAGCGCUAUUUAAAUACAAUCUCCUAAAGCCCUUUAAAAACUACCUGUUUCAACCGUUCUCAAUUGCAACGAAAAAGUUUCCAUUCCCGUUUUUGGACUUUGACUGCGAACCGUCAAAACCUCUGAUAAAUAUGGACAGCAUAGAAGCAGAUUUUGUUCGUGAUACAAUUGCAAAGAAUAAGGUUGCGAUAUUUAGCAAAACUUCUUGUCCCUAUUGCACAAUGGCCAAAGAGCCUUUCCGCAAGUUGAAGGUUGAUGCAAUGAUAGUGGAGCUCGAUGGACGAAAAGAUGGAAAUGCAAUUCAAUCUGUACUAGGGGAAAUGACUGGCGCUCGGACGGUGCCUCGAGUGUUUAUCAAUGGUAAAUUUGUAGGUGGUGGCACCGACAUCAAGAGAAUGUAUGAAUUGGGAACUCUGCAAAAAUAUUUCGAAUAAUUUUAUAAUUAAAGUUUAUAUGUAUUUAAA